CCAGCCGGUUACUUGCGUCGGCGAGGCUGCAAUCCCCGCUGGUGUCGGUACCGUAGAGAACACAGCAGAGGGUCGACCGCCGCCGCAGCGGAGAAGCAAGGGAAGAAUGUGGGUUUUUGGUUAUGGGUCCCUGAUCUGGAAGGUGGACUUCCCUUAUCAGGACAAGAUGGUCGGAUACAUCACAGGCUACAACAGGCGCUUCUGGCAGGGAAGCACCGACCAUCGCGGGGUCCCCGGCAAGCCUGGAAGAGUUGUGACUCUUGUUGAAGAUCCUGGGGGUUGUGUUUGGGGUGUUGCUUAUAGACUGCCAACAGGAAAGGAAGAAGAAGUAAAAGCAUACCUUGACUUCAGAGAGAAAGGAGGCUACAGGACCACAACAGUCAUUUUUUAUCCAAAAGAUCCCACAACAAAACCAUUCACUGUGCUGCUAUAUAUUGGAACAUGUGAUAAUCCUAAUUACCUUGGUCCUGCACCUCUAGAAGACAUUGCUGAACAAAUUUUUAAUGCUUCUGGUCCAAGUGGAAGAAAUACAGAAUAUCUUUUUGAACUUGCAAAUUCUAUGAGGAACCUUGUGCCAGAAGAUGCCGACGAGCAUCUUUUCUCUUUGGAGAAAUUAGUAAAGGAACGUUUAGAAAGAAAACAGAACCUCAACUGCUUAUAAAGACCUAAUCACUGACUUUUCCAAACAAGCAGAGCUUUUAGGCUUCAGAAAAAAGCUAUAGCUUCGUGCACGCUGGCAAUAUGAUUUGGAAACAUGUUUACUUGAAGGUCUUAUUUAUUUUUAAUGUUGUAGUCAAGAUAUGACCAAAAUGUGCAGUUUGAUUUCAUGUAUCCUGAAACACAUAAAUAUUUAAAAUACUGGGAUAUAGUUAAAGAAAAAAUUCAAGUUUUAAUGAUAUAAUGGUUUCCUAACUAUGAUAUUGAUCACUUGCUCAUAGGAAGUGAGUUCUUUAGAAAAAUACAAUGAAGGACUCAGUCCAAAGCUUUUUUUUUUUUUUUUUAAAGAUUUUAUUUAUUUAUUUGACAGAGAUAGAGACAGCCAGCGAG